AAUCAUGGUGUCGGCUCGUGUAAUGUUGGUCGGUUUCAUUGCGGUUUGUUUCGCCAUCAAACGAAUAACAGGCGAACCAUUUCAAGUAUCAAGCUACAACAUUGACCUCGAUCUACCACCAGAUCAAAGAUGGCUAAACGUUACCCAGAAAUACGCCAAAUAUGCUGCCCAGAUGGUGGCUGACAUUCGAUCUAAAAUUUCACCUUUGAUAAUUCCUUUAGCUGAGAAACUUGCCUUGUACUUGCAUGAACAUUUUCCUGCGCCUUAUCCUGGAGAACUGGCAAGUGUAUCACACGGACUUAAUAUUAGUUUAGCGGAUGCAAUUCUACUUAACAUAUUCUACGACUUGUCUGCAUUUUGCACAAGUAUUGUUGCACAAGACACCAAAGGGAAUAUUUUCCAUGGACGAAACCUGGAUUACGGAAUUUUUAAGAUAUUGCGCAACAUAUCCUUUAUUUCAAACUUCCAAAGUAAAGGUAUGAUAAAGAUUGUGACAUUCUGACACAUUUAUACCCCACUAACUAUUUUGAAGUCUCCUUAGCUGGCUUGAGUCACGCAAGGCUGUCCGUACGCGGAUGGUUAGGGUUGCGUGACUUCGGCCCAAGCGGUUGGGAUUGGAAGUACGCAAAAAAAUAUUUAGAUUGGCAUUACUGUAGAUUAGAUGGUUUUCAAUCUGUAUGCAUUAUUGACAAAGUGUCAGGUUGAGAUGGCAGGAUUUUGGCCUUUUUUUUGACAUAUCUUAAAUGGCCGAGACACGGUCGAAGUCAACAAAAACAAGAAAAGGAACAAGGCCAAUAUCUAGCCAUCGUGAUGGGAAAAGCCUGGUCAAUAAAGCAUUUACUGAUCUUGUUCUCACGGGACUAAUACAAGAAAUCCAAGAGUCAGGCCAAGAUGGGUCUGUCUUGCCCUCGUGGGUAGCCAAUCAAAACACAGAAUUUGCUUUUAUUGUCUUGCCUGCUUGCAAAUUCAGCCAUAUAAUAAGACAGAUGAAAACUGUUGUUUUUUGCAUAAUUUCAGGCAAAACAGUGUACACAGGUGUGACAUUUGCCGGUCAGGUUGGCCUUUUGACUGCACAAAGACCAAAUGCUAUCACAGUCUCUCUUGAUGAAAGAGAUCGGUGCUGUCUCUGGCUGAACAUCUUUGAGGCAAUAUUUAACAAGAAGGCAAUGCCUAUAACAUUUUUGAUUCGGGAUGUUGUGAGCUCAAAAGAAAUUGAGUUUGACCAUGCUGUGAAAAUGUUAUCUCAGGUGCCCUUAAUGGCAGCUGGAUAUCUUAUUGUUGGAGGAACAACUGUUGGGCAAGGUGCGGUAAUCACUCGUAAUAGAGAGAAUGCUGCUGACAUAUGGUACUUAAGCAAGGAUGCAUCAAAGAGCCCGUAAGUAUAAAGUUUUGUAAAGGCUGAACAUGUCUUUUACAGUGUACUUAAAAGCAUGAAAACAUGAAUUCUACCCAACAAGUUGACAAAUGUUUAGAUAGGUGUCUUCAGGAACGUUUCUUUAACAGCAAACAUCUUGGGAAAAAAUCAUUUCUUCUAAAAGAUCUUAUGUAUCAAAAAUGUUUACCAUGUUCUUUUAAAUGACUGCUGACAACAUAUAUAUAUGCAUCCCCAAGGUGGGAGGUGUGGGGCCUACAUAUUCCCCAAGUGAAAUUGACUCGGGCAGCAUUCCCCUUGGGAUUUUGAAACUUAAGGUGAUUCUUUACAGCUAUUUAGGACCCUUCGGCAAAAACAGCGCACAACCCAAAACUAGACAAAAAGGAGAGACUUUUUCGAUGAUGCAUGUGGUAUCGCACAGAAUUUGACUUGAAUGUAUUGUUUGCAUACAAGAAAAAUGCCUUUUAAUGCCCUUGUUUUUUUUUACCUCUAAAGAAGACUUAUUUUUGGACAUAGUCUAUUCAGCCCAUUAGAGCUCAAUCCAUACAAUUGAGUAAAAUUGCCAAAAAACUGAACAUAGAUUUAUGCCAAUUUUAUUUUUUUUCCUAUUGAAAGGAAGCACUGUUCUCAUUAAAAUCAUGAAAUAAAAAAUGGGGGUCACCAUACUUGUUUUUGCUGCUGAGCUUCAAGAAGUGUGCACCAAAUGCAUUUCCUCCAGUUUUUGAGAGAGGACUGGGGUGUCAGUUUAAAAACAGCAUGUAUGUGGAAGGGGGAAGAAAGCGCUAAAAAAUCCAUUUUUACAAAAUUUACAUCGAGAUAACAGAGUUAGAAUGCACAGGGCUCAAAGUUUAAAUUUGAGUUUGGGAGCACUUGUGCUACCAGAUGUAAAUUUUUAGGCGCACUGCCGAAAUUUUAGGCGCACAGCUUAUAAUGUUGGGAGCAUCUAUUUCAAAAGAAAAAGUAAAAAGCUUAACUGAGUGCCAUGUUUAUUUGUCAUCUUCAGUUUGUUACUUUUACUUCAGUCCUGUGAUUGAUAAAACGCAGCCGAUUUGCUACACAGUAAUACUGUUGUGAUUUUUAAUACUAAUUUCUCUUUUUGACAGUACAGUUGUGACCUUGAAAGAAAACUUAUGUAUCGGUCAAAUCGAAGCUUCAACACGCCCCCCCCCCCUGGCAACCCCCCGGGCAUUUGACUUUUUUGAAAAUUAUUGAUGCUACACACAAGGGUCCAUUCGGGUGAUCAAAUGCCCCCACCGCGGAGACAUUUCACAGGCACAUAAUGACAGAAGGACGGCAGAAACACCUUCAGUUGUCAAACAAAAUCUUUAUAAAUACAGCAAAUAAUUCACAUUCAAUAUAACGAAAACUGAGAAACACUGUUAGCGUAUUUACUACAAACAAACUUCUCGUGCAAAGCGGCGGAAAUCGCUGCUACAAGGUCACUGAAUGCUCAGCUUUUCUUCGUCUGUCAUGCAACAUAGAAAACGUUCUAUAAAAAAAAUCCCACCUACUACAUCAUGACCAUUUCACUGACAUGAAUCAUCGCUCACCUUAUACAUGCGGCAGGUCAAAGUAAUAUUGACCUCUGUUGAGCUUUUUAUUGUUGCAUUGAAUUUCCAGUAAUAGGUCAUUGUAAACACAACUUUUAAACAUUCAUAUAUUCAAAACCAAGCUUGUUUAAGCCCUUUCCUCGAAACCAAUUGGCCACAAAGGCACAAUCUUUUCCAAGAAAAUCCUCCAACACCGCGUCCCCCAUGAUAGCUCGCCACGCCAGAGAUUUCACAUGAAAUCGUGGGUGCAGUUCAAAUUCCCCACCCCUAACGCAUGGAGAUCAAAUUCCUCACCCCCUGGAAGACUCUGAUAAUCAAAUUCCCUCCUCCCCGGGACGGCAAAGGUGUCAAAUGCCCGGGGUUUGCCCGGGGGGGAUGUUGAAGCUUCAAUUUGACUGAUACAUUACACUUCAAAAACAAUUCGAAACUGACAACAAUGAGUGUGUCGAACGAGAAUGAAAAUUAAUCUUUAAUUAUCAAUUUGUUAAAUGCACAAUGACUGACAUGUAACUGGAAUAUGACUUAAAAAACUUUCUUACCUGGAAAAAAAGGCUGUUAAUCCGCACUGUUUUUGUUUUGAUUGACGUUAAAACUGAACCUUCGACAUGAUCGUCCGUUGCGCAAAAAAUACGUGCUUCGUUCGUAGCAUAUAUUUGCAUGUGUCAGCGGUGUUUAUCACAAACAGAAGAGUCUGGGAUGGAGUAAAACAUCGAAACGAAAAAGAACAUUCGAGUUCGCAGAAUCCAUUGGGAGAAAAGACCAAUUAAACAUACACCGUCUUAUCUAGUUCGAGUUCGUAAGUAUAGUCAGAAGUAAGUCAGUCGCACUGUGCUUUGGGUUUUAUGGCGCACAGGUGCAAUUACACAUGAAUUUUUAGGCGCACAACCAAAAAUCCAGUCGCAUAUGCAACCAGUUAGUCGCUAACUUUGAGCCCUGAUGCAAAUUAUGAUGAAGAUGGUGCUUAACUGAAAAUCAAAUUGAGUUAGCACAAGUUUGACAUCCACUAUUGAGGUUCUCCAUAAGGAAGUAGAACUCAGCAACAUGCGUACUGCUUAUGUAUGUUAUUUACAUUCACAGCACAUUGAGUCUCAUUUAAUUUAGGCAAGAAAUAACUGCAAGCGAAAAUUCCAAUAGCAUUUCUCUUCAGUCAACUUCAUUUCACAGUGGCCAUCUUGUUGUGCGCAGUAAGAGAUGCACAGUGCAAAACCAGCGAAUCACCUUAAGCAUUGCCCCAGUGUCUGGAAUUAGACAUGGCUUACAUUUUGGAAAUACUGAGAAAACCUGGAUUGAUGAGGGUUUGCCUCCACUACAACAUGAAUCGAAAUGCCAUUAGGUUAAAUAUUUUGGUAGUUCCGGCUGAGCACCUGAAAAGAGCUAUAACAAUUUGUUAUACUACAACUUCUUUUACAUUUAAAUAUGAGGUCGAUAAACUAGAACAGAGCUGAGCAACAGUUUACAAAGAAUACAGUGUUAGACUGGAAGCCAGAAAAAAAAACAUGCUGGGAAAAACCCAGUUAGUAGGGAAAAAAAAUGGCUGGAAAUCUGGGUAGGAGCCAUUGCUCAUUCUUUGGAAAGCUCAUCCUAUGAAGGCUUCAUGGUUCGAACUUCUCUGCCCAUUUUUACUAAGCAUGUAUUCCAACAAAGCAUGACAGACUAAUUAUUACUCAAAAACUGCUCCCGUGCUGUAGAAAUAUUUUAUUUCUGACUAAUUCGCUUUCACUGAAAUGCCGGAAUUCCAGUUUGUUUUGGUAAUACCCAGAAGUCUCUAAAGGCAAAGGACUUCUCUGCUUUGAUUUUAUAAUGGCAAGAAAUACGAGCACUUCUUUCAAAUUUCCCGCUCUUGAAAUGUAUUAAUUAUAAGGAUAAAGGAGUACUGAAUAUAUAUAAUAAUCUUUGACUACAAUAUUUUGUUGCAAGACUUUGAUCCCAAAAGAAAAAUUAGUAUUUGGGAAAAGACGUUCCAAAAUUGCCCGACUGCAAGUGCUGUGGAUCCAGUGUGACAUAUGGUAAUACAAAGUUUGUGUCAGGGAAUGGCCACGAUCAUUAUGCCCUGCAGGUGAUGCCAUCUUCUGGGACUGCAUUUCUUGUGUCACAGUAAAGACUGAGAGAAGGGUUGAAUAUCCUUUUCAUCCUGUCAAUUAUUAAGACCUGCAACUCCAUAGGGUCAGGAAUGUGAAAUUUAGAAGUAGUUGCCUGGGGGUGGGGAAUUUGUCUCUGGCUUCCAUAAAAAUGCCAAAUUCCUAUGGGUCUGACUUCCCCCCCCCCCACCCACACACACACGCACCCACCCUGGGGCUUAACAUUGAUAGGUGAUUAACAUAAUAAUCAUAUAUGAAGUACCUACCCUUAUUUAUCAUCAGUGUAACAACAUUAAGUGAGUUCUAACCAUUAAGUAAAGUUGACAUCAACUAAGUGAUCUUUUUCUUUUAUCCACGGGAGAUGACAGUGUAAAAUCUAAUUAUGGCGGUAAACUAAAAAGCUGUUCAAAUGUGUUUUGUGUUUUUGCGUAAUAAAAGUCUUAACAAGUUGGCCGUGCAUCUUCAGCUCCAUAUAUGUUGCUAUCCUUAAAUCAUACAUUGUGAUGAAACUGGGUUUUUCCUGAAAAUAUUCAUACCAGGCAGCAUCUUGAAAUUCAGAGGGUGAAGGAGACUUCUUUGUAAUGGAAGGCAGUGCUUGAACUUAACUUCUUUGGAGGAAAUUAAAGCAAUCAUCAGACGAUAAAGAAACUAACACAGCAUUUGAAACACCUACUUCUGCCAAAAAAACACGCAAGUACGGGGAGGCAUGAUAUGGAAGGAUAAACAUAAAUGGCUGAGGUUUGACGGAAAGGAAAAGAAAAUGUUGUGCGAGUUUUGUAGAGAAUUCCUGAACAGGAAAAGCAUGAAAUACUCCCCAGUGCUCGAACAGUCUUGAAAAGUCCUUGAAUUUUAGGGGAAGUCCUUGAAAAGUCCUUGAAUUCCAUAAAUUUCUGUGCAAGUCCUUGAAAAAUCCUUGAAUUUUCGUCAACUUUAAAUGUACAUAUGUGGUGACCUUGAUAGAAUUUUUUGAUGCUUUUUGCUUCCCAAGACAGAAUAUAAAUCAUAGCUCAGAGAAUUUAAAGGUUAAUAUUUACUUAAAUUGUUCUCUGUUUUAUGCAAUAAUUUACUAUCAGUUUAAGACAAGUGAACUAAAAAAUGUAGAGAAGUUAGAGAAUCAAACAGUUCAAGCCUUAAAGUUUUAAUAAUAGACUGGGAAUGUGCAUUUUCAUACAACCUGUAAAAUUAUAUAACUAGUAGGUGGUCCUUGAAAAUGUGGUCCUUGAAAAGUCCUUGAAAAGUCCUUGAAAAAUGGUUGCAAUUUUUUGUGUGAACCCUGCUCCCUGAGGAUCAAAACGAAUAUAAAUUCUUAAACAGACAGCCUGAAAGCAGGUAAGGCCAGUGAAGGACAUACUGUAAGACACUUGUUUUGGCGGCUCAUGAUGUACGGGUAAAUAAAUACUAUGGUUGCGUUUAUUUGAUUGCAGUUUCAUGUAUUAACUUGCAGACACAAAUGGCAUACAUCCAAAAUAAAAAUAAAAGUGAUAAGAGUGAUGAUGCUGAUGGACCUGUAAAUUUUAAUCCUCCUGUCCAGCAGACCAGACUCAAAAGUUAAUUUCGAUCACUGGAAGGCCUGGAAUUCCAAAAAGCAUGGAGACAUUCAAUUCUGGACUUUUUUCUGUGUCAAGUUUUAAUCAGUAAGAUAUUACAGUGACACAUACUUUGCCAAAGGGCCAUCUCUCCCCUUUUACCUGAAAAAGAAAUAACAUUGAACUAUAAACCUUCCAGGGAAUAUAUACCAUUGGUGGAAGGGCUUUUUUCUUGAAAAGUUAAGGUACUGAUCAGGACGAAUAAUAAAUUGAUUACACAUGGUUGGUCCAUGAAUUAAAGAACUAGUGGACAGGAUAUUUAGUUAUUAAUAACUUUGUCAGUUUUAUUGGGUUGAGCAUUAUGAAUCAGUAGUUUGCAAGAAAUUAAAUAAAAUAAUUUAGCAUUGAAUAUUAUAAAAUUAUGGCUAAUUAAUAUAAAUAUAAAACAAAUAUAUUGAAAUAUUGCCCUUUUCAGUCAACUGCCUUUACAGCAGACACUGUAGUAGCCUAAAGCUAUUGUUCCCGUAGGCUAACACUGUAGGGACCUCGAGUUAGUGUCCUCAUUAUUGAGAGUCCGUAAUAGCGUGAGUUUAUUUCAGUCAAACCUCUGUAAUUAAUUUUGUGUGGAAUUUAGCUGCUAUCUCUAUUAUUGGUGAGUCCGUUUUAGCGGGGCAUUCACAAUGGCGGGGGAGAGUUGACUGUAUAUUGAAAUAAGGUACUAUAUAUUGCUUUGAUGUUCCUAGCCCAGCAUCCUAUUUCUGCUUUAUUAUUUAAGUAAUUUAACAAUAAUAUGACAAGGUUAGGGGAGGGAACAAAUUGUGUGCAUUAAUGUGUCCUUAUAUCAUGUAAAUACCUUUUAAUUGACCUUGACAUUGAUUGACAGGUGGUUCCUGGUUGAGACCAACUAUGAUCAUUGGACUACACCCCCUCCCUCAGAUGAUCGCCGUCAUCCAGCAGAAAAAGCUCUGACCAAGGUCACUCAACAAAAGCUGACAGCAGAGACUCUGUUCAAUGUCCUGUCAGUCCACCCUGUGCUCAACAAUAGAACUGUUUAUACAACCAUCAUGCAGGCAAAAAAUCCUGAUCUUUUUAACACUUGGAUCCGUUGGCCAUAAGUUAGUUUAAAUGGAGAGUUCAGAGAGUUAAACAGACAAUGAUUUAACUACAGUUAAAUCCUGUUAAUACGGACACUAAGAGGGCCAUAGAAAGUGUCUGUAUUAAGUGAGUUGAAUUUAGAGAAAAUGUAAAGGCUUUCUUUUCCAGGGAGAGGCAAACUGUGUGUAAUAAUGAGGCGUCUGUAUUAAGUGGUUGUCCAUAAAGCGUGGUUUGACUGUGCAAUGUAUCUUUUUCCAUAUUAACAUUGUCCAAAUUGAUUUUAGCUUAAAAGUUAAAAUUAAUUUGUAUAAUCCCUUCUGUUGCUACAUGUAGGAUUGCUUAGCUAUUACUGAUCAGUCCCAUAAUUAAUCAUCCCAAGGGUUUGUUUUUAUGAGAGUUUUGACUAAUAUAAAGCAAAUUAAAUGAAGACAUUUAAGAAAUGCAAAGGUCAACCUUUUUAUUAAAAUUAUCUUCAAAGUGUUUGGUCUCAGCCCGAACCUUAGUUUUGGUCAUCUGUUACCAACAUAAUGUAAUUUUGGCCCCAAUUGUUUACAGUGCGACUGCUAUAACUAGGGCCACCUAGACAAACUUGACCAUUCUGAUUACAGGAAAAUAACAAUACUUCCCGAGAAAUUUAGUUGUCAAUGAUAAUUACCAAGAAACCCAAUCAACAACUUGGAUCAAAAUCAACCAAUUGCAACCUGCAGACGUGAGCUUUUGACCCCGCUGAAGAAAGCCCCUGUUUCCUGAGAGGUCCGUGACGGAAGCGAAAAACGUAAAUGUCAGACUUGAGGUCGCAUGUUAUUGCAAAGCGCGGCAAUGGUAGCGAAGAAAUUGCUGGUAGAUAAAAAUAAAUAAGCAAAACAACAGCUUGUGUCAAACAAAUAUGUCUCCUGGGUGUUAUACAUAAAAUUCCCAAUAGAAAAGCAUUGUCUGGUAAGACAUUUUGCUUUCUUGAAAAACGUUUGCUAUCAAUAUUUACAUUUUGUGGUUGGAGUAACUUAUUGUUGUUUUCCUUUUUUGCGAGCUGCUGAUUGGCCUACAGCCAACGUUCUUGGUAUGUAUUGUUAUUUUACUGUAAUCCGAUUGGCCAGCUUUGUCCAAGUGGCCCCAGUUACAGUAGUCGCACUGUAAAUCGUUGAUAACAUAAUAUUGGCUUUUUCUAUGCUUAUCCGUUGGAUAGUGAUUAAAAAAAAUCACGUCAUAGAGGUAACACAGUUUCUGUUACAUCAGUAGAUUUCAUUGUGGCCCGCUGAGGGUUAAGAAUCUCCAGCUGACCGGAGGUAAACCAGUUGGAUAUUUACACUCGGGAUCACUGAGAACAAAUCCAGCUAGCACUGAGUUAGGGCGGGGACUUGAACUGGGGGCCUCCGAAUCACAAUUCCAGCGCCCUAACCACUCCGCCACCCUGCCUCACAGUGA